UCAAGUUAUCUAAUACGUUAUUAGGGUUUGUGCUUCUGGCACUCACUGCCAACGAGUUGGUUCGUUCGGAAUCUAUAAAUAUGAAACUUAUCAAAGCCAUAUUUCAGGAGAAUGAUGGAAGUGUCAUGUUUUCGCCUAUAAUGUUAAUAAACGCCAUGAAAAUGUUUGCUGCAUGGACGGCUGGAAACACAGCUGCGCAAAUAAAUCAAGUAAUGCUGUUCAAUAAGAAUAAAUUGCUGGCCGACUAUGAAGACAUUGAUAACGAUGAUUAUAUUUAUGAUUCCCACGAUGACGACCAGAAUUACCGCGAUAUGGGAGACGUUAUGACCGUUAAUACAGCAUUGUUCGUUUCGACCAAUGUUAUAGCUGCUGACAACAUUGCAAAUCAGAUCGACUUUACGAACGCUACAAGGGCCAUGAAGAUUAUCAAUGGCUGGGUAGAGUUUCAAACUAAAAGCAGAAUAAAGAAUCUGGUUACUGAGUUUCACAAAUUUACGAAAAUUGCCUCGAUUACUGCGGCCUACUAUGAAGCAGAAUGGAAAUAUAAAUUCCUUCCCUCAAACACGAAGAAAGUGCCAUUUUAUACGAGCUUAACUAAAACUAUUCAGGUCGAUAUGAUGAGCUUAACGACUAAAUUAUCAUACAAAUAUAUCAGAGCAAUAGAUGCCACCGUCUUGGAGCUGCCACUAAAAGAAAAGGAUGUUAAAUUGUUAGUUAUGUUGCCAAAGAAAAUAGAUGGAAUUAAUAUGAUGAUUGAGAAGUUGCCGAUGAUCGAAAUGCAUAAUAUUAAACUUAGAAGAGCAACCAGAGAGGUUCAUCUCGAAUUGCCCAAGUUCAUAGUGGACUUCGAAGUCGACUUGAAGAGAACGUUGAUAAAUCUGGGCAUCAAAGACUUGUUUACCGAUGCCAAUUUUUCGAAGUUGACUGAUAAAACUGGCAUACUGAAAGUCGAUGUUAUGAUUCAAAAAAUCGUCGUGGAAAUAAAUGAAAAUGGUGCUAUAAUGGCAACUGGUGCAAGAGCAAUGCCGCCCAAGAAAGUCUUUAACUUUAAAGUGGACCAUCCAUUUAUAUAUCUUUUCCGGCAAUACAACCGAAUCUUUUAUGCGGGACGAGUCGACUUUCAGGAUAAAGAGACAGAAUAAUA